GGCAGACAUUCUGGAUUUUAACUCUUGUUUCUGUUGCUUCUGUUGUUCCAUUCAUCAACCGUAAAUUUUAGAUUGAAAUGAAAACUAAACCCAUAACACGUGAUGCGCGUUACAAAAAUAAAAUACGAGUUAAGCGUAUUCUCUCCAAAACAUUUGACAGAGAUUUUAAACGGAAAAAGGCGCUUCAGCAACGAAAAUGGAGAUCAACCAGACAGCAGAAACAAGCUGCGUCCUCUUCGUCCCUACCUGACUUACCGACCACCGAAGCAAAAUCAGUUUUACGCAAGAAAGAAGGCAAAAAACGACGUCGUGCAAAAGCUCGUAAAGUGAAACAGGAACUUCAAGCGCUACGCGAUACGGUUCAGCGUCUCGCGAAGGAAAAUAAGAAUCUGCGUGCUGGCAGAUGUGAAACGCCACCGCCUCAGUUGCCAACAGCUUUAUUUCUCGAUAAUGUCAGUCCUUCGGCCAAACGGCGUGCCACAAAUCGUCUUAGAGAUACAAAGGAUGAUCUUGCACGCGGUUCGCAGAGUGCUUUGCGGGCAUUCUAUUUCGAGCAACAUGUGGCCCUUCAUACCGGUUAUGUGUAG